GUCGCCAGACUGAAGAGACAGCUGUAGCCACAUUAGCCUACACACAAAGGCCACACGCAGAUUGUCUCAAGAAUUGACUUUUGGCUGAGAGGAUGAUGAGACUAGCAGUGAUUUGCUUGAUGCUCUCAUGUUGCUGUGCUGCUCCACAGAACAUGGAGGGGAAAGUUAUCAUAUUCCCGGUGGAAUCCGACACGGCCCAUGUGAGGGUGACUCCUAUGAUGAAGGCGAAGUCGCUCUCGGCCGUGACCGUGUGCCUGAGGUUCUUCUCCGACUACAACAAGGAGCAGGCGCCAUUUUCUCUGUCGGUUCCAACACAUGCGGACGGCUUUGUGUUCUUCCGAGGGAACGGCAGAUACAGAUUGUACAUCAAAGACAGAGGCGUCUUCUUCCAUGGUCUGCCGACCCCGUUGAACCAGUGGAACUCUGUCUGCGUGACCUGGGACAGUGGCACAGGCCUGGCCCAGUUCUGGGUGAACGGAGUACCGAGUGCGAGGAAAGCGAUUCAGGCCGGCAAGACGAUCAUCGGAUCCCCCGUCAUCAUGCUCGGCCAAGACCAGGACAGAUAUGGUGGUGGAUUUACCAAAUAUGACGCCUUUUACGGACACGUCACUGACGUCCACAUGUGGGAUAAUGUGCUUUCUCCUGAGGAGAUCAGGCAGUACAUGCGCUGUGUCGUUCCAAGACCUGGCAAUGUUGUGGACUGGAAUAAACUGGAUUAUGCCAAGCAUGGCUAUGUGAUCGUUGAGCCGCAGCAAAGUGUGUGCUGCCCCAGACCUGAAAUUGACUGGCAUGUUCCCGUUCCACCCAUUGGGCAUUAG